AUGUCUGCGGAUAAGGACGCCCCCGCGGACUCUAUCGAAACAUCAGCCAGGCCUCUUCACUUCACGCGCGUGACCUCGGCACCUUUGAGCGAUGCACCGAACUCGCUUGUACCAGGAAACACUCCGGAUUUUUGGAUCCCGCCACCGACUGCGGCCCGUCAUCAACCCUCAGUUCAUGUGUCGGCGUACGCAGCCCAAGCAGAGGCUGGGGAGCAGGCAACAGAGACUAACGAUCUGGAAGCGAAUGCAGGACCCGGACUGCAGUCGAUAUUGUCACCGCAAAUAAUGCCAAGAAAGGAGCACUCCUCGCAAGCAGGAAGUCUUGCUCCUGAAGAUCCACCGUUGUCGCAGAACUUUAAUGUUGACGAUGUCUUCGACCGCGAUGCUUCUCCAGAACUUGAUUCGGGGGAGCGUACGAAGUUGCUCAAUCAUCAUAUCCGCGAGGUGGUCAAGCAAGAGACGGUGGAGCUCUUGGAGGCUGGCGUAGCCCGAUCGAUGAAGAUCCUGGAUACAUUGCAGGAGACAUUCUCAGAAGUCGCAGAUGUCAGCCCGGAUGCUCAACAAUGGAUCGAUACUAUCAAAAAAAUGAAGGAGCAACCUGAUCGUAGCCGCACGAUCAUUGGCGUUGUGGGCAAUACUGGCGCCGGGAAGAGCAGCGUCAUCAAUGCGCUUCUCGAUGAGGAACGCUUGGUUCCGACCAACUGUAUGCGGGCCUGCACCGCUGUUGUGACAGAGAUAUCGUGGAACUCUGAUAAUGAUCCGGAUCACAGAUACCGCGCGGAAAUCGAAUUCAUUAAUCGUGCUGACUGGGAGAAGGAUCUGAAGGUACUCAUGCAGGAGUUCCUCAGCGAGAGCGGGACUUUGACACGAGAGGCUUCCGAUCCAAACACGGAUGCCGGCAUUGCGUGGGCUAAAUUCCACGCAGUCUAUCCAUCGAUACAGAAAGAAAAGCUGGCAUCAUAUACGGUGGAGACGUUGAUGACGAAGACUGCAGUGCUUAAUGUCCUUGGAACCACAAAGGAAAUUUACCACCCUCGCGCUAAACCUUUUUAUGCUGAGUUACAGGAACUCGUUGACAGCAAAGAGAAGGUUACAGGCAAAAAGGACCAUCAGAAACAGCAGAAGAAUCAGAUGGAAUUCUGGCCUCUGAUCAAAGUUGUCCGACUGUAUACCAAGUCGGAAGCUCUGUCUACAGGUGCGGUGGUGGUGGACUUGCCAGGUGUUCAUGAUUCCAAUGCCGCUCGAGCUGCUGUUGCGGAACGAUACAUCCAGCAAUGCAGUGGGCUGUGGAUCGUUGCCCCCAUCACACGUGCCGUGGAUGACAAGGCAGCAAAGAACUUGAUGGGCAGUGCAUUCAGACGUCAACUGAAAUACGAUGGAAAUUACUCGGCUGUCACUUUCAUCUGCUCGAAAACAGAUGAUAUCUCUGCCACCGAGGCUGUCGACAGCUUGGACCUGGAUCAGGUUUACUACGAGUUGGAGGAACAGGUAUGUGAGUCAGAGGAGAAGAUCUCACGAAUGCGAGAUGAAUCUGCAAACCUGCAAAAGACUACGGAUAAACAGCGGACUAUCCUUGGAGCACUUGAGGACGAGAUUGAAAUUUGGGAGGAACUGCAGAAAAAGAUUAAGACUCAGACGGUAUAUGCACCACGGAGCAAGAAGAACCGAAAGCGAAGGCAGAUUGACGAUGAAGACUCCGAAAUUGAGUCCGAAAUUGACGACUCUAGCGACUCUGAACACGAGUCGGGUACAGAUGAUAAUGUGGCCGCUCAAGUGCCGUUGACUAUGCAGGACAUUGAACAGAAGAUUGCAAGCCUCAAACAAGCGAAGAAGGACCCUCUAAAGGAGGUGAAAAAGAUGCAAGCUCGUAUUAAGGCACUGAAGCCCCAGCUCCGAGAGCUGAGCAGCAAGAUCGCAAAUGCAAAUGCGAGAAAGUUGGCUAUAUGCAUUCAGGGGCGAAAUGAGUACUCCAAGACUGCCAUUCAAAAAGACUUUGCGGCUGGCAUCAAAGAACUUGACCAAGAAGCGGCAAUGGAGGCGGACGAGGAGGCAUUUGAUCCUGAUAAGGAGAUCCGCGAUUAUGAUGAAGUCGCCGAUUCACUUCCCGUGUUUUGCGUAAGCAGCCGAGCUUAUCAAAAGAUGUGCGGGCGCCUCAAGAAGGAUGAGGCUGUUCCUGGUUUCCAGACACAAGAAGAGACUCAAAUUCCUCAGCUCAAAUCUCACUGCAUGAAGUUAACUCAGGGUGGAAGGAUUCGGGACUGCCGAGCUUUUCUCACCAGCUUCUGUUCAACUCUCACGGCUCUUUUUCUUUGGGCCUCUGAUGACGGCACUGGUCCCCAAAUGACUGAUGCCAAAAAGCAAGAGCAAGCACAUUAUCUCGCCAAACGACUUGCGGAUUUGCGCAAAGGCCUGGGAAAAGCCGUCGAGGUUUGCCUGGGAUCGAUGACGAAACAGCUUCAAGAGCAGAUUUUUGUGCGGAUGGAAGUGCUUAUGAGGCGAGCCAUAUCAUCUGCCCCAACUAUUGCCCAGUCCUGGGGUCACCCUAAGGAAUUAGGAGGUCUACACUAUAAUACCUACAAGGCAAUCGUGCGGCGCGGUGGCGUUUACCAAUCUGCAACGGUUGGCCUCCGGAAUAUGAAUGAAGAACUCCUGGACCCACUGAUUCGCCAACUAGCAACACGGUGGGAGAGUGCGUUCCAGCAGCGUUUGCCUCAAGCUUUCGAAGCCUACACGAAGAAUUCUGGUGAUGUCCUGCAUGCCUUCCACGCUCGAAUCGAAGAGCGGGCGCGGUUGAACGGAUUCGGCCUUGCUCACAUGGCUAUGCUGAAAGGCUCAAUCUUCAAUUACGAACAAAUGUUCCGAACCCUAAAUGACCAAUUGAAGAUUCGGCUGACGGAGGCACAACGUGACGCCAACCGUGAGUUCGUGCCCACGCUGGCCAACUUCAUGAUGACGGUAUACGAUCAAUGCGCAAUCGAAUCUGGCGCAGGAGCCUUUAUGCGAAUGAAGAACUAUAUGGAGACGUUCAUACAGACACACAGCCAGACUAUGUUCCAGGCUGCCACCCAAAACGUUGAAGGGGCAUUGAGGAACAUGUGUCGCGAUCUUGAAGCGGAGAUGUCCAAGAAAGCAGACGAGAUUAGUAAUCUCAUUCACCGGGACUACAUGCAUGCCCUUGCCGGUGUGCAGGCGACACUGGAAAUUGAGAACCAGCCAAAGCGUUCAAUGAAGGCCGAAGUGAUGGCUCAGUUGAAUCAGAUCCAUUCCCAGUUUGAGCGCCUUGCGCAAGGAGACCUGACAGAAGGACCCGACUCCAGCGAGCAUGCGGAUGACGACGCCGUAGCGGGCGCAGAUACGGCAGCUGAGCAGCCAAUUCAAGCCGAGAACAGCGCCACCAAUUCGCCCAUGGACCAUGCGCCCGCCAACGACGAAAUUCCAAACUCUCUACCAGACGACAGCCAGCCCAUUGUGACUUCCCCCGGAGCCCUUCGGCCUAGAAAAAAGCGUCGGAUAACAGAAAGCACGGCAUCCUCGCCCGCACCCUCAACUCGCAAUCGCAGCAAAAAACCUCGUCUCCCAGCUGAUACUACGCCUGCGCCUACCCCAAGCGCCCGCAAGUCGAGCAGGAUUGCGGAUGCCUCGUCUGCCCGCAAGGCUUCUCAAAAGAGCCACUUGGCGGACGGCGACGGCGACGAGGAGCUCUAGGCGAACUCCCUGCUUACCAGCGUCUUGGAGAAGUUUAACGAGAUCGAGGAGCAGAGUUGAUUUCCCAUGUCUUGUAGGGGGUUCUGGCGCCCGCAUGCACAUUGUAGUUUGAGCGGCGGGAAGGGUAAGCGUGUUCUUUCCACCGCGACAGUGUUGGCGUUACGGCACCGAUGCAUCUUCUUCUUGAUAUCCCCAACUUUGAAGCGGCAUGGUAUUUUCUGCAUGGAUAUGACGGUACAUGUGGAGUCCUGGGAGCAUCUUUCUCUGAGCGGCUCUUGGAGCGAACAUUUUACGGAGCAUUUUCGUGGUGGCGGAUCAUGGGAUAUACUAGGUUUGGACGACACAAGACAACGCCUGGACAGAGGUCUUGACACCGCAUUGCUCUUUGUGAGGUUCCAACAUGCACCUGGGUAUUGUAGUCACACAUGGUUGCUUGGUGCUUCGGCGGAUGUUCAAGGCAU